GUGUCGUACAGAGACCACGUGGCACUCUCUGCGCAUGUGCAAAGCGCUGUCGGGGGCCGCCCUAGCUGCUGCCGCCACCGCCCGAGCUCUAUGGUCUCUCUCUAGAGCUUUGCCGUUGGAGGUAGCUGCUGCGGUCCUGCGAGUUUUACCAGCGUUGAGCUGCAGCGACAUGGAGGAAUUCGACUCCGAAGACUUCUCCACGUCGGAGGAGGACGAGGAUUACGUACCGUCAGGUGGAGAGUAUAGUGAAGAUGAUGUAAAUGAAUUAGUGAAGGAAGAUGAAGUGGAUGGUGAAGAGCAGACACAGAAAACCAAAGGGAAAAAAAGAAAGGCCCAGAGCAUUCCAGCCAGGAAGAAAAGACCAGGUGGUCUCUCAUUAGAAGAGGAAGAGGAGGAUGCCAAUUCAGAAUCCGAGGGAAGCAGUAGUGACGAGGAAGAUGAAGCUGCAGAGCAGGAAAAAGGCAUUGGAUCAGAGGAUGCAAGGAAAAAGAAGGCGGAUGAACUCUGGGCCAGCUUCCUCAAUGAUGUGGGACCAAAAUCAAAAGUGUCCCCAAGUACACGAGUUAAGAAAGGAGAGGAGACUGAAGAGACAAGUUCAAGUAAAUUGUUGGUGAAAGCAGAAGAGCUAGAGAAACCUAAAGAAACAGAAAAAGUUAAAAUCACCAAGGUGUUUGAUUUUGCUGGUGAAGAAGUAAGGGUGACUAAGGAAGUGGAUGCUACAUCUAAAGAGGCCAAAUCCUUCUUCAAGCAGAACGAGAAAGAAAAACCACAGGCUAAUGUCCCUUCAGCUCUGCCAUCACUCCCUGCCGGGUCAGGGUUAAAAAGAUCAAGUGGCAUGAGCAGCCUUUUGGGGAAAAUUGGUGCCAAGAAGCAGAAAAUGAACACCCUUGAGAAGUCCAAACUGGACUGGGAGAGCUUCAAGGAGGAAGAGGGGAUUGGUGAAGAACUGGCCAUCCAUAAUCGAGGGAAAGAGGGGUACAUUGAACGGAAAGCUUUCCUCGACCGAGUGGAUCACAGGCAGUUUGAAAUUGAGCGAGAUCUCAGGCUGAGCAAAAUGAAACCUUGAUGUUACGGGCAAAAUCAAGAGCAGCUUAAUCCUGUUUACAAUGUGAGCUUUUUGUGCGUCUGUGAAAUGUUUUCCAGUGUUUCUCAUCAGCUGUUUCCCAGCAAGGUCUUUAUUUUCUACAUUGAAGUUCUAUGUAUCUUAAUCACAAAUGGUUUCAUCCACUUUACUUUUAAAAAUUUGUCCUUAAAUGAAUAAAUAAAAGUUGGUCCUGUGAGAGGCUGACGAAGAUGA